GAAUGAAUGGAUGUGCCAGACAGCACUCCCUUUUCUCUUGGACUUCAUUUUUCAUGACAAUUGUGUUUGGUUGCCGGGAAAAAUGAAACAGAAGCUUAAAUUUUGAAUUUCUAUUUGGAAAUCCAGAAGAAAAAGGAAAAAAAAACUUUUACUCAACUGAGUCUGGUAUGAAUGGGCGGUUCAUCUUUUGAACAUCAAAAUUUUCUUUUCUUUUCUUUGUUUCUUGGCAACCAAACGCUGUGUGAUUCUGGUAGCUUUGUUCAUGUGACCCGAAAGUCUUGAAUUGAAGUGAAGUGAAGUGAAGUGAAGUGAAGACAUGGCCUCUGCGCAUGGAUUUGCUUCUUCUCUGAUGAGUCCGACCGAAUUGGGCUUUACACUUUCUUCAUCCUUCUCAAUUCAACGGCCCCGGUUGAUCGUUCCCAAGUUUUCUCGGAGUUUUUUAGGGGAAUAUUGUUCAAGGGCAACUACAAUCUGCAACCACCAAAACCCUAGGUUUGUAGUCCCGAAACGAGAUAAAAUUCGAGAAUUUAGGUUGUUCAAAUCGGUUGAAUUGGAUCAGUUUCUGACGAGUGACGAUGAAGAUGAAAUGAGCGAGGGCUUUUUCGAAGCCAUAGAGGAAUUAGAGCGAAUGACGAGGGAGCCCUCGGAUGUUCUCGAGGAAAUGAAUGAUCGGCUUUCUGCUCGUGAAUUACAGCUGGUGCUGGUGUAUUUUUCGCAAGAAGGAAGGGACUCGUGGUGUGCACUGGAGGUGUUUGAGUGGCUUAGGAAGGAGAACCGAGUUGAUAAGGAGACUAUGGAGCUUAUGGUUUCGAUAAUGUGCAGUUGGGUUAAGAAGCUGAUUGAAGGGGAACAUGAUGUUGGGGAUGUGGUCGACCUUCUUGUGGACAUGGAUUGUGUUGGACUCAAGCCUGGUUUUAGUAUGAUUGAGAAAGUGAUAUCUCUGUAUUGGGAGAUGGAGGAGAAGGAGAAAGCAGUUUUGUUUGUGAAAGAGGUUUUGAGACGGGAAAUUGCUUAUUCUGAGGAUGAUGGGGAUGGCCAUAAAGGAGGCCCAACUGGGUAUCUUGCUUGGAAGAUGAUGGCAGAGGGGAACUACAGGGGUGCAGUCAAAUUGGUGAUUCAUCUUAGAGAAUCUGGGUUGAAGCCAGAGGUCUAUAGCUACCUCAUUGCAAUGACAGCUGUAGUUAAAGAGCUGAAUGAAUUUGCAAAAGCUUUACGCAAGUUAAAAGGUUUCACAAAGUCUGGUUUGAUAGCUGAACUUGAUGCAGAAAAUGUUGAACUUAUUGAGAAGUACCAAUCUGACCUUCUAGCUGAUGGGGUGUGCUUGUCCAAUUGGGUGAUUCAAGAGGGAAGGUCUCCCCUUCAUGGGGUGGUUUAUGAGAGACUCCUUGCUAUGUACAUUUGUGCUGGUCGUGGACUUGAGGCAGAAAGACAAUUGUGGGAAAUGAAGCUUGUGGGUAAAGAAGCCGAUAGGGAGCUUUAUGACAUUGUCCUGGCCAUCUGUGCUUCCAAAAAAGAGGCCAGUGCUAUUUCACGAUUGCUUACUGGAAUGGAGGUCACAAGUUCUAUACGUAGGAAGAAAACCUUAUCAUGGUUGUUGAGAGGUUACAUUAAAGGAAGCCAUUUUGAUGAUGCUUCAGAAACAAUUAUUAAAAUGCUUGACUUGGGCCUGUGUCCAGAGUAUCUAGACAGGGCAGCUGUGCUGCAGGGACUGAGAAAUAGGAUCCAACAAACAGGAAAUGUAGAAACUUAUCUCAAGCUUUGCAAGCACCUUUCCGAUGCCAAUUUGAUUGGACCUUGUCUUGUAUAUCUGUAUAUAAAGAAGUAUAAGCUUUGGAUCUUAAAAACGAUUUGAAUAAUUCUGAAGAAAAGCUACAAGAUUCUGUGUUCCAAAAUCUGUUUUGGAAGCAUGCACUCAUGGUUCAGAUUUUGUACCACAAAAGUUUAUUGUACUGGAACCUUUUUUACGUGCGAAUCCUGUAUAGUUUUGGAUGCUAUAAGAGAGUAAAUGAUGCUGAUGAACCAGUCUAGGAGAUUGAGUGCCUGUGGAAAUUAGAAAUACAUUUUGGUUAAUCUUGCUCUCAGACUCGAAUAUGUGUAAAUAAGGUGAUGCUGUAAACACAGUCAAGAUUCGAGAACCUUCGACAUGAUGUAACUUGAAAGACUGCAUAUACGUACUACAGGUGUGUUCUUAUGGCAUUCUUGUUCCUUUCUUGCUUGAGUGUCAUACUUAUACAAAGAACAAAAUUAGAAGAUAAUUUAUAUAUGUUGGACCUCUAUUAUAUAUUUUAUGUUCAUCUGUUAUGAUCA